UUGAAGACUAGCGAAGAAAAUGAUGGAGAAUACAAGUGGAUAUCAGCGCUCCGUAGAAGUUUUCUUCUUUUUCAGAAGUGAAGUCCCAGCGUGGUACCAACAUUUUACGCACGCGAUUUGUAACUUCGCUUAGAGAGAAAACUAUGGCAUGUCUCCUGUGGUGAACUGGAGAUGAUCGGGAUGCCAUCUCGGAUGGAGAAGUUGGAUAUUGUUCAAGAUGAAUUUUGAUACGGAUGAUCUCUUGGACAUUUGGAACAAUGGUUCCACGGACCUUCCGAAAGUGUUACAAAUGUCCGAGGCUAAUGUUUCCAACUUAAAUAGCACAAAUGUGACUGAGACACAAGAUUCGAACCGCAUUGCCCUGUCCAGAGCAGUGCCAUUGGCAAUGGUCCUCGGCGCUUUCAUAGUGUUUGCUAUAGUUGGGAAUAUCCUUGUUAUUCUGUCUGUCGUCUGCAACAGACACCUGCGCAUCCCAACAAACUAUUUCAUCAUAAAUUUAGCCAUUGCUGACCUGUUGCUUGGCACCACCGUCCUGCCCGUUUCCGCCACGUUGGAGAUUCUGAACUACUGGGUUUUCGGGAGAAUAUUUUGUGAUAUUUGGGCCGCAGUGGAUGUGUUAUGUUGCACCGCAUCCAUCAUGAGUCUGUGCGUAAUAUCUAUUGACCGGUACAUUGGAGUGCGUUACCCACUGCAAUAUCCGAGCAUUGUUACCGAGAAACGGGCUAUUCUUGCUAUGUUGGGUGUAUGGGCUCUUGCUAUCGUAAUAUCUAUUGGACCCUUGCUGGGGUGGAAGCAACCACCGUCGGAAGAUGACACUGAGUGCCCCAUUACCGAAGAGCCCUUUUACGCGCUCUUCUCCUCUUUGGGUUCAUUUUACAUCCCAUUGGCCGUCAUCCUGGCCAUGUAUACCCGCGUGUAUAUCGUUGCUAAAAGGACAACUAAAAACUUGGAGGCCGGCGUGAUGAAAGAGCGCAUGAAUGACUCGAAUCAUGAACUGACGCUUCGGAUCCACUACAAAGGCUCGGGGACGCAGGAGGACUGCAGCGGGACUAAGGGCAAUAGCAGGAGUUCACUAACUGUCAAGCUACUAAAGUUCUCCCGGGAGAAAAAAGCUGCUAAAACACUCGGAGUCGUAGUGGGCAUGUUCAUUUUAUGUUGGCUGCCAUUUUUCCUCGCAUUACCCAUUGGCUCGUUCAACGCCAGCUUGCGUCCGCCGGAGACCUUCUUCAAAGUGAUCUUCUGGCUGGGCUACUUCAACAGCUGCCUCAACCCCAUCAUUUACCCAUGCUAUAGCCGCGAGUUCAAGACGGCCUUCAUCCGCAUCCUGCGCUGCCAGUGCCAUGCCAAGCGCCACCCGGGCCUUCGAGCCUACAACUACCGCUCCAACCUGAGCUCCACCAACAACCACCACGCCUACCUGGACAUCAACUCCUGCUUUAAUGGCAGCCAGCAGACCUUGGCCUCCAUCCAUCCCAGCCCCUCCUGCAUAAGCAAAGCCACCAAGGACAAGGGCAAGGCUGCUGCUGCUGGUGCCACUGGGUCCAAGUCCGGGUUGGCGUUGGGCUUGGGGUCGGGGUCAGAGUUGGGACAGCUGCCUGGGUGGGGGCCGAGCUCGUCGUCAUCCUCCUCCUCCAUGUCCGGGAGCCCGUUUCCAGGUGACGUCCAGUUGGGGGUUGGCUCAGCGGCCGUCUGCCUGGAGAAGAGCAAACUGGGCAGAGUGGCGCUGAUGUUCCCUGGAGAGAAGAAGAAAAAGAACAAGAAGUCUCUGUCUCCUAGCGACCAGAACUGUAACACAGAGAUAGAGGGCGUACUGAGGAAAAAGGAUAUGCCUUAAAAACACAAAGUCAAUUCAACACGUGUCAUCUUGAUUACAUGCAUGACAGACAUGAUGAUAAUAAUAAUAAUAAUAACUAUGAAGAAAAAUAGUAUAGGCAUAGACGUUACCACUUAUGGUCUUAUAUUGCCCAUGACAGUUUAUUUCUGUGGAUAUGAUGGAAAGCGAAGGAAUGGUUUUCAUCUCAGCUUGGAGACGCUUUCCCUACAGGUUUGAAACAGUUACAAAUAAUCAAA